AUGUCAAAAGAAGAAUUCCACUCAGAACCCAACAAAAUGGAUAUAAUUCACUUAAAAGAUGCUCUAGCACACAACAAGGCUCUUCAUUUCACGUCCAAAUUCAUGUAUUUAACACUCUGGGGCGAUGAAAUUUCCAAUCAAAUACAGUUUAAAGAAGUGGUGGAUCGUCUAGCCGGUGCAACAAAUAACGUUCAGUAUGCUCAUAUUUCACCCACUGAAAUAGACGAAGUAAAUCCAAAACCACACCAGCAUCUACUAAUAGUCACUAAGAGACCACGCUCAUUUAACGCGAGACCGAUAAUUAAUCACUCAGACGGAACGAAGCAGACUUUCUGGUACUCGCGAGUAAAUUCUUACACUUCACGCACUGGUGAUAUCUCAGCGAUUAUACGUUAUAUUACAAAGAAAGGUGCCGGGAUGUGUAAGGGGGAUCCAUCCACAAAAGAGGACUUGAAACAGACGUGGAUCAGCGCUUUAACGGAUCUCGAUUCUUACCAGGAUUACAGCGAAUUAGAAAAAACCCUUCUAGAUAUUAACGCUGAAAAAUAUAUUCAGCAAGAAGGUAAAAUAAAAGCGCGUUGGUUGCGUAAAAACGCUAGACGUCUAGAUAUUGAACACUAUACGCGAACAGAUUUAUUCCCCUGGAGGGAGGAUUUGCAAGAAGUGCAGACCAUUCGAAAAUGGCUGAAAUGUGCACAGGGGGAUCGCUAUAGGAUGGGCAAUUUAUUCAUCGUCGGUCCCACGAAGACGGGGAAAACCGAGUUCGCCAUCCAAGAAAUAUUUCUAAAAUACAACACGUUUAUGUUACGCGGAGACUCACUCUUCGAUGCUUAUGACGAUGAGCAAAAUUAUAGAUUUAUCCUGUUCGACGACAUCAAUUACGACAAAAACUUAAUAAGACUAAUUAAAGCCUUAACUUCUUCUAUUAACAAAAAGACAAUGGUCAAUAUAAAAUAUUCCAAAGCCAUUGUCACAGCACGUCCCUGCGUUCACCUUCUUAAUCAGAAAGAAUAUGAAGGCGUUGUCAGUCUCAUGAAAUAUAAUGGAGGAUAUAGUUGGUGGAAAAGAAAUUCACUUACCAUAUUUUUAGAUGAAAAACUUUACAAGGACCCCAAUGAAACUAAUAAUUCCACAGAAGACAUGGAAAAGCAAGAAAGGAGUUUUGAUGCUCUCAACGAUUUGGAAGAAAAAUUCCAAAAGUUAAAAGAAAAUCCAGAAGAAGAGGGUGAAAUUAUUCGCCCAACAGAGCAUUUGUCUUUCCUCGGUAGAGUAAAUAAUUUAAUGGAAAGCCUCGGCUACGAUGAUGACUUUUUAGAAGAACUAAACACUAAAAUGAAAGAAGCUAAGAAAAAUCCCGAAAUGAAAAGAACUUUAGAAGAAUCACAAGAGGACAAUUCUAGUAUGGUAGAAGAGUGGAAUGAGGAUUUGGAAAAUUACCAAUACAUGAAUCCACUCGGCUUAUCAAAGAAAGAGUUUAGCGCCUUCGAAAAAGAUUCAAUGACUAUCUUCGAAAAACAGCGAAGCGAUUACUUCUCAAAGCAUCAAAAUUCUUCUUCAGAUGAAUACAACGAAGAAAUGGAAGAAGAAUAUACAGGCGAAGAAUACAGAGAAGAAAAUUUCUCCGGGGAACAACCACCAUUUGGAAGAGAUGGAAAUGAUCCAGACAUAAUAUACGACUAA